CGCGCGGGCUGUCGGGAUCAUGUCCGCCAUGUUUUCACACCAGACGAGAAAAAAAAGCCCGUGAAAAAGCACCGAAACUCGCUCAGAGAUGCCUUUAACCGGCGGAUUUCGGUCGAAGGGACGUCAGUGAGCGCGGCCGCGGAGAUAACCGUCGGCUCGUGUGUGUAUUUAUACCGAAUGUUCCGUGUUUCGUGUAUUUGUGAUCGCUGAAAACAAUGAGUAAACUCUCGUUCCGCGCGCGAGCGCUAGACGCCGCCAAACCGCUGCCGAUUUACCGUAACAAAGACCUCCCGGAUCUCACCGACUGCGUGUCUAUCAACCGAGCGGUCCCACAAAUGCCAACCGGGAUGGAAAAGGAAGAGGAGACGGAACAUCAUCUCCAGAGGGCCAUCUCUGCCCAGCAGGUGUUCAGGGAUAAAAAGGAGAGCCUGUUUAUCCCCGUGCCCGAGGCCGAGAGUAACAUCACAUACUACGAUCGCCUUUAUAAAGGAGAUUUUCGCAUCCCAAAACAGCUCAUCCAUAUCCAGCCUCUCGGCCUGGAUUACGAGCUACCUGACUAUGACAUGGACUCAGAGGACGAGACUUUAUUGAACAGACUCAACCGGAAAAUGGAGCUCAAACCUAUGCAGUUUGAGAUCAUGAUGGACCGGUUAGAGAAAGCCAGCACCAACCAGUUGGUCACUCUUCAGGAGGCCAAGCUGCUAUUAAAUGAAGAUGACUACCUGUUGAAGUCAGUGUAUGACUACUGGGUAAGGAAAAGGAAGAACUGCCGGGGUCCGUCGCUCAUUCCGCAGAUCAAGCAGGAAAAGAGAGACGGCUCCACCAACAACGAUGCUUACGUGGCCUUCAGGCGUCGAACGGAGAAGAUGCAGACGAGAAAGAAUCGCAAGAAUGACGAGGCAUCAUACGAGAAGAUGCUGAAACUAAGAAGAGAGUUCAGCCGAACCAUGAGCAUCCUGGAGAUGAUCAAGAAAAGAGAAAAGAGUAAACGAGAGCUGCUGCAUCUGACGUUGGAGGUGGUUGAGAAAAGGUAUCAGAUUGGAGACUACUCAGGGGAGAUCCUAAAUGAAGUCACUGCACCCCUGGCAGAGAAAACCAUUUAUACAGCACCCAUUACCCUACCCAAUGGCAACCGGCAUAAGACAGAGAGCAAAAUUAAGUCACAUAAAUCUGGGCCCAAACACCUGCACCCCUUUGCAGUCAAGGCGGAUCCUCACUUUGACUUUGUGCGCUCAAUUAAGAAAUAUAACAGGAGGCCCAAACUUGAGAUGAUGUGCCAGCCUGGUCGACCAGAGCGACGACUAGAGCGACAACCAAUCAUUAACAAGGCGGACAUUAAACAAUAUGACUUCCACAGCUCGGGAGAGGAAGAUUACCCACUGUCUCCAGCAUCAGAGCCGGAUGAAGAGAACGAUCCAGACGGAGUUUUUGCCUUCAGGCGGAAAGCUGGCUGCAGUUACAAUGCUCCGUUGGCCGAGCAGAGCUGCUCCCCUCACUGGCAACAGACGGAUCAGGAGCAGCUUUGGCAGAGGAACUGUCUCACCGCUCUGUCUGUGCCCAGGCGCUGUAUCACCGUGACAAGCAGGAGGAUGGGCAGGGGCGGCAGGGUUGUUUUAGAUCGCACGUCCUCGGAUACAGACCGGGCCCUCAGGCACUUGGACCCUGACAUGUUUUAUCCCUCGUCUGACUCUAGUAUACCUGAUCUUCCCAUCCGCACAAACACAGACUCUCACACCUUCUCCAGAACAAGCCCUCAGUGCUCACUAGCUCAGCUUUUGAGUGACAUCCAGGCCAGCAGGUGGAAGUUUUUCCGGCCUCGACCGGUACAGGAAAACUCAAAGGGUGAGGAGAAGAAAGUGACUCAGCAGGUGGAGAAAAGUGGAGCAGUGCCUCUGUCUAACAGUGUGUCAGGUGGGAUCACAGAAGAGCAGUUUAACUCCCAUCAGCAGCAGCUGGUUCAGAUGCACAAACAGUUAAAGCAACGGGAACAGAACUUAACAGCACCAGAAGCCAACAGCUACCCACCUAAAACCGUCUCUUCUGAGUGCAUCUCUAAGACUCUGGACUCGGCCAGUGCACACUUUGCUGCCUCUGCAGUGGUCAACACUUCCAACAAUGAAAACAGACCCCAGAUUGUUAGUGUGAAUGGCGUCCUUCCCACUGCAGGGAGCUUUAGACAAGCCAAAUUGAAUCGCUCCGCACAGAGUGGAGGAAGCGGCGAUUCGGGUCCUUUAGUACGGACGUCGAGCGCAUCCGGUUCCCAGCUAUCCGUCCCCCAGUCUCUUCCCCACGGCCACAGUCACCUGAGCACCGUGAGUGCCGUGUCUCCGGCACACACGCACCACAGCGCCCGCCCCUGUGCCCCCUCGGCCUUAAAGCUGGCCAGCGUCGCUAGCAGUCUGGACCGGGUUUCAAAAGUCAACCCCACCAGUGCCAUCGACAGCAUAGCCAGGGGGGAGAAUCGUGAACCGGAAAGACUGGCGCUCAACGGCUUAUCAGAGACAACAGUGGCCAUGGAGGUCACAUAGCCCCCACAAAACCACUUAAGGACUGAGAACUGUGUGCUUCGACACAGACUUAUACCCAAUAGCAGCAUAUCAAAAUAUUAAGAGAAAUUUGUCAAUAUUAUAAGUGUACAUUUUGUAAAAUUGGGAAUUAUCACUACCUUGUAAAAUAGUAUAUUUGUAUCAUUAGUCUGUCAUUUCUGUUACUUGAAUUCCAGAUUUUUUUGUCAUCAUGCUUUUGCACUUGAAAAUGCAAGCAAGACAAGUGCAUCAGUUCAUGUUGGGAUCAUGAGCAUGAAAAAAGGUCCUGCCUCACUUGUUUUAACUAUUUAUUUUGCAAUGUUUACAUUUUUGUAUCUCGUACAAAUAAAUCCAAUUUUGUGACCACAAAAUGCAGACAUA